CCGCCCCGCUGGCCCCUGGCACCGGCAGGGUGGCACUUGGCUCGCUGCCAUCAGCUGGCUUCAGGGGUGAGGCUGCUGGCCGGGCGGCCCGGAGAGGGGCUUUGGGGGAGCUCUCCUCUCCCCCAGGAAGCGCCAUGGGCCCCUCUGGACCCCCUCACACCACCUAGACUCGUCUCCAGCCAGCAGCACCUCUCAACCCCGAGGGCAGCAGGAUGGCCCAGCAGCGCCAUGCCAUCCCCCCACCACUCAAGACGGAGGAGGACUACAUCCCCUACCCGAGCGUGCACGAGGUGCUGGGCCGGGAGGGGCCGUUCCCCCUCAUCCUCCUGCCGCAGUUCGGGGGUUACUGGAUUGAGGGUACCAACCACCAGCUGAGCGGGGCCCCUGACUCGCCCCCCACGCCGGUACCUGGCGCCCGGGCAAAGCUGGAGGGCAACCACACAGCCAAGAUCUACCGCAAGCACUUCCUGGGCAAGGAGCACUUCAACUACUACUCCCUGGACCCGGCGCUGGGACACCUCGUCUUCUCCCUCAAGUACGAUGAGCAGGAGCACCUCCACCUGCUGCUGCGCACCCGUGCCCGCACCCUACAUGAUGUGGUGCCCAUUUCCUGCCUGGCCGAGUUCCCCAACGUGGUGCAGAUGGCCAAGCUGGUAUGCGAGGACGUCAACGUGGAUCGCUUCUACCCCGUGCUCUACCCCAAGGCAUCCCGCCUCAUCCUCGCCUUUGACGAGCACGUGCUCAGCAACCACUUCAAAUUUGGGGUCAUCUACCAAAAACUGGGGCAGGUAUGGGGUGGGGUGGGGGUUAGGGUGGGGGGAGUCCCUGGGUGCGUGCUGGCACCAAUCCCCACCCCACUGCAGACCUCCGAGGAGGAGCUUUUCGGGACCACGGAGGAGAGCCCCGCCUUCGCCGAAUUCCUCGACGUCCUGGGUCAGCGAGUGCAGCUGCGGGACUUCAAGGGGUUCCGAGGGGGGCUGGAUGUGACCCACGGACAGACAGGCAGCGAGUCGGUCUAUUGCCACUUCCGUGACAAGGAGAUCAUGUUCCACGUCUCCACCAAACUGCCCUACACCGAGGGAGAUGCCCAGCAGCUGCAGCGGAAGCGUCACAUCGGCAACGACAUCGUGGCCAUCGUCUUCCAGGACGAGAACACACCGUUCGUCCCCGACAUGAUCGCCUCCAACUUCCUCCACGCCUUCGUGGUGGUGCAGCUGGAGCAGGGGGGCCCCCAGGGCACCCUCUACAAGGUCUCGGUCACCGCCCGGGACGACGUGCCCUUCUUCGGCCCGCCGCUGCCCGACCCCGCCGUCUUCCGGAAGGGCCCCGAGUUCCAGGAGUUCCUGCUGACCAAGCUCAUCAACGCCGAGUACGCCUGCUACCGGGCCGAGAAGUUCGCCAAGCUGGAGGAGCGGACGCGGGCGGCGCUGCUGGAGACGCUGCACCCGUCCCCUCCCUCUCCGUCCCCUCCCUCUGUCACCUGCCGCCGUCCCCUCCCUCUGUCACCUGCCGCUGUCACCUCGCUGCCGUCGCCUCCCCGCAGGGACGGCCCGGCAGCCGCCGACGGCUCCAGCUCCACACACAGCUCCCCCGAGAGCCGCCGGAACCCCGACAGGGCCGAGAAGCCGGAGCCGCCGGAUUUCUCCCGCUCCUCCUCCAGCGCCAGCAGCUUCGGCAGCGCCGCGGAGGAGCCCGGCGAGCCGGGACGGGACAGCCGCUUGCCCUCGGGGAGCCACCGCGACGCCUUCAGUGACACCCCCUGGCCGGAUGAGCCCCCCGAGACCCCCCCAGACCGCUGCCCGCCUGACUCCCCCUGCCCUGAGAUCAAAAUCCACCUGGAGCAGCCCCCCCAUAAUCCGAGUUCAUAGCCACCCCCUCACCCGCGGGGGUGUCACCGCUUCGCCCGCUCUGUGUGCCACCCCUGUGCCAGGAGCUGAAGCCAUCGUCCCCGGUGCAGGAUUUGAGGGGACUCUCCAAAAAAAUUGGGAUGUGCCCCCCUCCAGACAAUCUCUGUCACCCCAAAAACCCCUUGGGCGAGGGGGUGAUGCACCACGAAGGGGCCCCCCUCUGCCGUGACCCCAAAAUGAAGAGUGGGUGCAACCCCAGCAUCAUCCCCUCCCCCCAAGAAAAGAGGGGAUUCAAAUCCAGGGUAACCCCAAAGUGGAGUUCCCCCUCCCCCCCUUUUUUUUUAAGGGAAAAAAGUUCCGGAAUGGGCCGGAGGCUGGAACUGGGGGGAGGGGAGAAAUAUUUUUUCACACCCUCCCAAACUGUGUUUGUGUUUCCCGUGAGUUCUGUAUAAAAUAAAGGUUUAUUUAUCGCUACAGUGGGGAGGCGUCUCCAAUAUCUAAAGGGUCCCCAAAAGCCCAAACAUCAGUGGGGACUGUCAAAACACUCAUUUGGGGGGUCAUUUAGCCACAAGUUGGGGUUUCAUAACAGCCCGGCUGAGCCAAGCCUAUCGUUGAUGGUCCCUAUUUUUGGAGUGCUGCGAGUACCCCAAAAUAUGGCCGGCAAUGCCCUCACCUCCCCCAAAAAAGUGCCUCUUUCGGCUCUGCUGGUCAGCCUGGCGUCAGGAGUGGCAUUUGGCCCCGGCCCAGGUGGCCACCGGCGUCCUGC